UUGAUCCCUUCUCAGUCGCUCGCAGCACUUGGCGCAAUUCGGUCGUAACAUAUACGCGGGCGUUGAACGAACAAAAACGGCGUUUUAUCAAAGUUUAAAUUACGGUAGAAUAACAAGGGAUCACAAUUGCUUUCAGAGUUCAAAAGGUGGAACAAAUUAAUCGAACGCGUCCGUCAGUUUGAUGUACCAUUCGUAAAUUAUCGAUAUUAGUAGUAAACUGUUCACUGUACGACCAUGAAGUGGUUUGUAGUGCUGAUAGUGCAAAUGCUUAGUGGUUGUGUAUUGGCGGUCCAUGACUCAUCGAGUGAAAAUCGGUCUUCUGCACCAGCCCAGUUCUGCACCGAUUUGAGUCCGCAGCAUGGACUGGACAUCGAACAAAUUAUGGGCCUCUGGUAUGGCAAUGAAGUUAUAACGCAUAUUGGCAGUGAAGAUGGCGAAUCGAUUUAUGACACGUGCGUCGUCAUACACUUGGCUGAUAUAACAAACACUACUUCCAUCAGCGAGAGUCUGCCCAGAGAACAGGUCCCAGAAAUCAGAUUCGGCACAUCGUACGGCUAUCCGGGAGAUCGCACCCAGCAAAAUGCGGAGAACGAACGACGCUCUCAGUGGCAGCAGGGUCACACAACGCAUCAGCCUCGUCAGAAAACUUCCAGUACUCGUUAUCUACGACUGAUCUGGGAUGAAAAGGAACAUACGCUUGAGUAUACCCUGCGGUUCAACAAGUCCCGGCCAGGAUUCUGGAUUUCGUCGGCACCUCAGUCCGGAUCGAUGGUACAGCUGCCGUACGUGCAGUUCACCGGAACGGUGCAGGUUCUGAAGGCCGUCAACAGUCAACUGGUGUUGACUUUCUGUCAAAGCUUACCUGGAGGACAGGUGUUUUCAGUGGUUCUUUCGAGACAAACGAUGGGAAUGUCCGUAGAGGAAAACCAGAGCGUGCGGAAUCUGCUGAAACGACGUAAUCUGUCAACGAACUCAGUGCGAAAGGUUUGCUACAGUGGAGCAGAUAGUCUAACAUCGUUUGGAAUGAGUAUAAUUCUUCUACUCACCGUACUUCUCACGAGAAUUUAGACUAUUUACAAUUCUAUAGCGCAGUAUCUUAAAGCUCAACUCCAUCCAUCAACUAAGAAAUUUAUUUAGAACCUGAAUCUAUCAAAUGACAACUUUAACUAUAAAAAUGAUGACUCACUACUCGUGUUCGAUUAAGUUCAAAAGUCAGAACAACCUCAAAAAAAAUAAAUGUUUCUAAUCUGAAGGAUGAGGCUUUAAUAAAACUUUUUCCAAUGUACAAA